AUGAUUUCCAAAACCAUCGAAAUUUUCAGUUUUUCAGCCCUUCUAACAGAAACUUCUAUUGGAAUGCCACCUAUAAGGGUGGGAUCUGUAAAGCAGUAUAUGAAUACUAUGCGCUCGCGUCUAAUAGAGUUGGUGCAGAAGGAGGAGGUUCUCUGGGAUCGAAGGAAUGAAGAAUUUAAAAUGCGAGUCCCUAGAAAUGACGCAUGGCGAAGAAUUUCAAGUAUAAUGACAGAAGAAGGACAUAAUGUGACCUUGUAUGAACUGAAAGCGACAUGGAGGGGAUUACGUGAUCAAUGGAAGAGGCUGAGAGCGUAUAACGAUAUUUCGAAAAUGACAUGGCCUUUUUUUGGAGCACUCGGAUUUCUGGAACUAAAUGAGCUCACUGACAAUGAGGAGACUGCUAGCCGUAACUACCCGAUGCAUAACACGUCUUCCGUUCCGCUGGAGCGUGAGGAAAGACGUUAUGAAACUACAGGGUCCAUAAGAGAGGAAGUAGGCGACAUUGAUGUGGUCGGUACGAGUACGCAGGGGAACGUAAAUACAGAAGACAAGUACGAAUAUUUUGGAAAAUUGGUUACUUCCGUGCUUCGUGAUUACGAUAAAAAGGUGAAUGAGGAGUUCGCCAUGAAUAAAAUGGAAGCCAUAUUCUCUGUAAUAAUGUCAGGGGAUUGGGCGUACGGCCCACGAGACCACUAUCGUUCCGGAGAUGCUCCUCAACAAUGCGUUCCUUCGCCGUGCAGAUGUCAUGUUCCAAAAGCAAAUGGUGGAACAAACAGUAAUUGCCCGCAUGAGACGUGCGACAGAUCAAAUGGGGCGCAACAUCUCUAUGAAACUGAUGCAUGUACUCACAUUGUACAAAAAUCGUGA